GAGCGCGCACAGCUGUCUGACUGACUGCAGCUCUCACAUCGGGAUACGGGCUCACUUGGCUCUACUUUACCGCGGUGCAUCGACGUCUCAGUAUAAACAACACUGCUCCGGAUUGGGCAGAGUUCAUUUAGAUUUGGGUUUGAUGCGCAUAUAGAACAGUGAAUGUAGGCAGAGUCUGCAGAGAGAUCCAAGAGUCCGAGAAAGACGGGGACGCGCUGAGAGGAUUUUAGGAGUCUUUGCCCCAAAGUGGAUUGAACAGGGAUGAUUCAAGUCGCCUCAUCCAACUAAGCGAGCUACUGCCUUUGGAAAACGGUGAUCAAAGCGAUGCUCCAGCGGCAUGUGCGUCUGUCCCUCUCCAAAGCUUCCAGGGAGGAUUUAAGCGCCGCUCAUCUUGAAUAAAGUCGAGAAGUCAUUGAAGAUGAGUGCCCUGCAAACGCUCCUGCUUCUGUGUCUCCUGCACCAGGUCACAUGCAGGAAGGUGCACGGAGGCGCCACAGAGCUCAUCGAGUGGGGAGACGGUAAUAAUGAACAGAAGAUUUCUCCCACGGGGGCCAGCCCACGGAUCCUCAACCCCCUACGUUUGUUUGCCAAGGGCUCCCCCGGGUUUAAGAGUAGCAUGAGGGAAAUAACAUAUUUACAGAACAUGGAGGACUUUUGGGACUGGUUAUCUAACCAGACAGAUGCUCAGGGUGCACAGGCCAGAACUAAACGCAGGCCCAUCGUCAAGACCGGCAAGUUCAAAAAGAUGUUUGGGUGGGGGGACUUCCACUCAAACAUCAAGACUGUCAAACUCAACCUGCUGAUCACGGGGAAGAUCGUGGACCAUGGGAAUGGCACUUUUAGCGUUUACUUCCGCCACAACUCCACAGGCAUGGGCAACGUGUCAGUCAGCCUAGUGCCACCCUCCAAGGUGGUGGAGUUUGAGAUCACCCAGCAGUCCACGCUGGAGACCAAAGACACCAAAUCGUUCAACUGCCGCAUCGAGUACGAGAAGACAGACCGCAACAAGAAGACUGCAAUGUGCAACUUCGACCAGUCCAAGGUGUGCUACCAGGAGCACACGCAGAGCCACGUGUCCUGGCUGUGCUCGAAACCCUUUAAAGUCAUAUGCAUCUAUAUAGCCUUUUACAGUGUAGACUAUAAACUGGUGCAGAAGGUAUGCCCUGACUACAACUACCAUAGCGACACACCUUACUCCUCCACAGGAUGACCUAGCGGUUGCUAGUAUGCAUCAACCUCUUGAUUUAUCUUCAAACUAUGUCAAAGUCAACUUCUAAGCUCCCUGUCCUGAAAUACCUAAAAACCUGAGAUAAGUUGGAGGAGGUGCAACUUAAAGUGGGGAUGGAUUUGACGCAUUGCUACAAAACUUUUGUACAAACUGCACAUGUAAACACUUCAGGUAGUUAGGUGUCCAGGGACUUGGAGUUAGGGGUUGACUUGGGAUUCAGAGCUAGCUCCAAACACUGAGUGACUCCUUCACAUCACAACAGCACAUGUUCUCUAUAAACCAAUGGUAUAAUUAGUAUGCUGUCCAGAUGUUUCCUUCAAGGCAAGACCAUAGGCAUGCAGCCUCUCCGUUGGAAGAGUAUCGCUGCCAAUGAAGCACUGAUGCCAACAUUAUCAAACAAUUCCCUCACCUCAUUUAAACAGUCAGUUACGGGGUGAAAUAUUACAAGACUUUGAAUCAUAUUAACAAUUACAAUACUCAGACAAUUGAAUUGUUACUCAUUAGUGCGUAAAAUUAAGAUAUCACACAUUUGAGGCCUCACUGCUUUUGACUGAUAAGUCAAAAUGAUCUCUUCAUUGUCUUCAAAGUGGAGCUAAUGUCCAUUUGUACCUGUGAACAUAGCACAGGCGGGACAGCCUCUUUAAUUUCAGAUUAGUUUGAUUAAUGGGUAAUUUUUCAAGUAGCUCUGAAUAAUUAAUACGGCUUCACAACCUAUCUCUUAUCCAUGCUAUCUGUCUCUUGUAGGGACUGAAAUCAAGUGAACUGAUCCACUGAAACAAAUUGAAGUGGCCAAAAGACAAAAUAAAUUGAUCCGACAAAUUCGAUCCGAAAGCAACCUGAGAGCAUGAGCAUCAGUCAAUACACAUACAUAUGUAGGUACCCAUGUAUGCUGCCUUGUUUGCUUCUUGAGAAAUGUGUUGGGUUUUUCUCUGCUACAAUCAUCAUAAGGCAUGUGUAUGCUAAACUAGCCUGAAAUUUCACAUCUGUGUUUGCAGGAUGCACUUUGAGGCAUCAGCCUGCCGCGCGAG